AUGGAGUUAGAGUAUAAUGAUUAAGCAUUUUUCGAUUUAUUUUAAGAGGAACAUUAGUUUGAGAAAUAAAAAUUUGGAUAAAUAAAUUUUUAAAAUUAGAUUUAAUAAAAUUAGGAAGUAAAUAAAAAUGCUGAAUAAAUAAUAGAGUAAUAGAAAUAAAAUAUAGGGAACGAUAAAUAAAUAAAAGGUUCAUGGAUAAAUUUGCAUUCGUUUAGUGCAUUUAAUCCUCAUUUUGAUUCAUAGAUAUUAACAAAGGUUUUAGAGAAUCGUACAAAUGUAUUAUUUAUUUUUGAAUUGAUGGUGGGUAUGGAGAAUGUAAAACUUAUAUGUUUUGUGAAUCAUAUAAUAUAAGAUAGAAGAAGAUAGAAUUAUGUAUAAGCAAAAUCAAAUGAAUCAUCAUUUUAUGCGAUGAUGAUUUAAGAAGAUCAUUAUUGGUAUGUGAAUGCAUUAGAUGGUAAACCACAUGUUCUGUUAGAUAUUUAAUAACAUAUGGUUUAGAUUAGUCAUCAUAAUGAACCAAUAGCGUGUAUAAAUUUUUCAGAUCUUUAACAAAGUAAAUUUGGAUUUCCAUUUUAAAAGUUGUAAGAGAAGACAUUGUUGAUGGAUUAAAUAAAUGCUGCUUUGUAGGGUUUAGAGUGUUAUUUGUUGUAGAUAGGAAUAUUUACAUUUGAUGUAAAUAAGGAUAAUUAGUUGGAGGAUGAUAUUUAAUCAUUAAAAAAGAAUUAUGAGAAAUAAUUGAAUUAUUAUUAUUCUUAAUUGAGAAUGCAACCAAUUUAAUUUAUACCAAGUACGGUAGAUGCAUAAGAGUUGAGUUAGAUUUUGAAAGAGUAAGUAAUAUUUGAGAAAUUGAAGGAAAAUUAAAUAAAUGAUAUAGAAGUAACUAAACCAAUUUAAUAAUAAAUAUAAAUAAAGAGUAAAUAAUAGAAAUAAUUAUUAACAUAUUUUGAGUAAAAAAUAGGUGGUAUAUAAAUGAUAUUGGAUUAUGUAAAGAAGUAUUUAGAUUAAACUUAAGCAGAUAAAUAAAUUAAAGAUUUAGUAUUUGAAUUAAAUAUUUUAUGUUAAAUUGAUGGAUUUUAAUAAUAGAUUGUAUAAACAGAUGGAUUUUUAUAACAAUUAUUGGUUUUAGCUUAUUUGAAUAAGAGAUAAGAGCGUAAAGAAAUAUAUAGAAGAAUUAAUUUGCUGAUUUAUUAAUAAUUAGUUUAAUUAUUGUAAGAGAAACCCUAUAUGAAGAUUGUUGUAUUAUUAGAACACAGAUUAUUAGAGAAGAUAGUUAUUAAGACAGAGUAAUCAUUGAAUUUUAUUAAUCAGAAUGUUCAAUAAUAAGUUUAAGUAAGGUUUGAGUAACCAAAACCAGCACACUUUUUAAAGAAAUAAAUUGUAAAUUAAGGUAAGCCUAAGGGAAUUGGAUAUGGUGAUGGUGAAUAUAAGGGAUUUCAAUAUAUUAAUCAAUAAUAAUAAUUCAAUAUAUAAUAAUAAAAGUAGUAGUAGUAGUAAGAGUAAUUUAUAGAUAAGGUAGAUAAAUAAUAGAAUGAAGAAGAUACACAUUUAAUCAAUCUUUUGAAUUGUCUAAUAUAAUUAUUGGAUCUACAAUUUAUAAAUAUUAAAUUACUAGAAUGUAUUUAAUAGUCUAAUAUAAUUAAUUUGUUGAUUAAAUAUUUAUAGAAUACUAAUAUUACAGCAGUAGAGAAUUCAAAGAUAUUUAAUUUGAUUUUAUAGAUUAUAGAAUGUUUGGCUUAGAGAGAGAUGACACUAGAAUUAUUUGUAUCGAAAGAGGCAACAUGUUUAUUUAGAUAAUUGGAAUCAUUUAAUCAAUAAGUGAUAAUUUUUAUUAAGACAUUCAAUUCUAAAAUAGAGGAAUUGAAUAGGUUUAUGAGUUUGUAUUCAUAUGUAGAAAAUUGUUUAUAUGCAGCAUAAUUAAUAACAAUUAAAUAUCUUUCAUAAGAUUAAUAAAAUAAUGUGGAUGGAAAUAUUAACAUUCAUUAAUUUUAUCGACCUUUUAUGAAGAGAUUGGCAGUUGGUAAAUGUGAGAUAAAAGAUGAUGUAGAUUAUGUUACUCAUAUGAAAGAUUGUUUUAUAUAAGCAAAUAAUCCAUCAUAAAAUAAAAUGUAGAAAUUAGUAUCAGAAAUAUCAACAAUAGAAGAGAAUCUACCAUUAGAUGCAACUAAUUCAAUAUUUAUUAGAUAUGAUAAUGAUCGAAUGGAUUGUAUGAGAACAAUUAUAUUUGGUGCCAGUGGUACACCAUAUGCACAUGGAGCAUUUUUAUAUGAUAUGUAUUUUGGAGAUGAUUAUCCAUAAAGACCUCCAAAAAUGAAAUUGUCAACAACUGGACAUGGUAAAGUAAGAUUUAAUCCUAAUUUAUAUAAUUGUGGAAAAGUAUGUUUAAGUUUAUUGGGUACUUGGGGAGAUAAUUGGAUUGCUAAUUUCUCUACUAUUUUAUAAAUAUUAGUUUCUGUAUAAUCUAUGGUUAUGAGUGAAUAUGUAAUGUUUAAUGAACCAGGUUGGGAAUCUUAAAUGGGAACACCUAAUGGAGAAUAAGCUAAUAGAGGAUAUUGCAAUUUUAUUAAAAUUUAAAAUAUAAGAUAUGCUAUGAUAGAAUAAUUAUAAAAGCCUCCUAGAGGAUUUGAAGAAGUUAUUAAGAAGAGUUUUUAUUUACGUAAAGAUCUAAUUAAAAAAGAAAUUGAAUUAUGGAUUGAAUAAGCCAAUUUACCAGCUACUUACAAUUAAACUUAAAAUUCAUGUACUUAUACUGUUUAACCAUAAUAAUAUAAAUAAGAUCUUAUUAAAAUCUAUGAAGAAUUAAAAGUGGAAUUAGAGAAAUUGAAAUUUAAUAUUGGAAAGGAUUUUUAAACUAUUUCAAAUGAAAAAAAGAAAGAAAUUGCUUUUAAUUUAGAUGCUAAAGAAUAUUAAUAAUUAUAAUAAUAAUAAUAAUAAAUUAUUAAUAAAAAUAAUCCACCUUAAGGUUUAAAUAUUAAUGAGAUUGAUAUCACUUACAAUAAUAAUCUACAAUAGAGAUAGUUUGAUUCAAAUGAUUAGAAUCUUUAAAAUUUAAUGAGUAGAUAUAUUGGAGUUGUAGGUUUAGAUGCAGUUAAAAAAUAAAGUGAAUCUACUAUCUUUAUACAUAUAUUAAAUGGAUUAGGAGUUGAAAUAGCUAAAAAUAUAGUAUUAUCAGGUGUUAAAAGAUUGAUAUUAUUUGAUCCAUAAUUGAUGUAGGUAAAUGAUUUAGGAAAUAACUUUUAUUUGACAUAGGCAGAUCUAAAUAAAAGAAGAGAUUUUGGAGUAUUAAAUAAAUUGAAACAUUUAAAUCCUUAUGUAAAGAUAGAUGUUCUUUAAAAUAGUUUGAAUGAAUUAAAUUUAAAUGAAAUCUAAGUUUUUGUUACUUAAGAUUCAAAUGUUGCAAGUAUAGUAUCAAAUUAAAAUUAAAUUGCUGUUGUCUUAGCAUAAACAAGAAAUAUUUUUGUCAGAAUUGUUACUGAUUUUGGUAAUGACUUUACUGUUCUUGAUAAAGAUGGUGAACAAUUAUCAGAACUCAAUAUUGAAAAUAUAACUAAUAAUGUUGUAACUUUAUUUAAAAAUUAAAAUCAUAAUCUAACUGAAAAUGAUUUUGUACUUAUUUAAGAAGUUAAAUAAUAACCAGGAAAUGGCAAUAGUUAUAAUUAAUUAUUCUAAAUUAAGAAUGUUAAAAGAUCAUCAUUUGAAUUAAAUACAAAUAAAAUAUUUACAAAUUAUAUUAGUCAUGGUAUUGCUUAUUAAUAAAAAUAACCAAUAAAAUUGUAAUUUGAUAGAAUUUCAAAAGUAAUUAAUUCAUUUGAUCAUUAUUGUGAUAAUAUUGGAUCAUAUGAUGGAAUUGAUUAAAUUAAAAGGGAUCUUAUUAAUUUUUCAUUGAAUACAACUUCUAAUGAUUAAUUGACUGAUAAUUGGGAUAUUGAAAGAAUUAGGUUGUUUAUUAAUUAGAUUAGAUAGUAAAAUGUAAGAGAAAUUCUUAAUAAUAAAUAUAAAGAAGAUGUACUUUUAAAAUAUUAAGAAGAAUUAUUAUCAUUAUUAAUAUUAUUAUCAAUUAAUACAUAGUUUUAACCUUUAUGUGCUUUGAUUGGUGGUAUGGCAGCUUAAGAAGUCUUAAAAGCAAUAAAUAAAAAGUAUACACCUAUACAUUAAGUAUAUGUUUAAUCAUUUGAAGAUGUGCUUCCAUUUAAAGUAAAUGAGUUGAAAUUUGCCUAAAUUGGUUAAUCCAAUAAUCUUGAAAUUAAUUUAAAUAAAUAUGAAUAAUGUAUGUAGUAAUUUGGAUUUAAAAAGAAUUACAAUACAAGAUAUAAUGAUUUAACAAAUACAAUUGGAAAUAUAUAAAAAAUAUUUUCAGCAUAAGUAUUUGUUGUAGGAGCAGGAGCUAUAGGUUGUGAAUUACUUAAGAAUUAUGCUAUGUUAGGUGUAAGUAAAUUUGGUAAAAUAUAUGUGACUGAUCCUGAUAUUAUUGAAAAUUCAAAUCUUAGUCGUUAAUUUCUUUUUAGAGAAAAACACAUAAGAAAACCUAAGAGUUUAACUGCAGCUGCUGUUGUUAAAUAAAUGAAUCCUGAUAUUAAUAUUGUAGCUAGAUUAGAUAAGGUUUGUUAAGAAACUUAAGAUAUAUAUCAUAGUGGCUUUUAUAAAUAAAUGAAUUGUAUAACUAAUGCGUUAGAUAAUGUCUAGGCUAGAUUAUUUAUUGAUUCUAAAUGUGUGGAAAAUAAUGUUUCAUUAAUAGAAAGUGGUACUCUAGGGCCGAAAGGUCAUGUAUAAUCUAUUAUUCCUAAUCUUACUGAAAGUUAUGCUAGCAAAUAAGAUCCAGAAUAAAAUAAUGAUAUACCUUAUUGUACUUUAAGAAUGUUUCCAGAAUCUAAUAUUCAUUGUUUGGAAUGGGCUCGUGAUAAAUUUGAAUAGUACUUCUUUAGAAAACCAUAAGCAUUAGUAUAAUUGAUGUAAGAUCCUUCACCUUAGUAAUAAACUAUAGAUUUGGCAAUCAAAGUAUUAAAGAAAUUCCCAAUCUCAUUUUAAUAAUGUGUAUAAAUGGGUAGAUUAAAAUUCUAAAAACUUUUCAACUAUGAUAUUGUAGCUUUGAUGAAUGCAUAUCCUAUAGAUUCUCUAACUAAAGAAGGUAAAUUAUUUUGGGCUCCUCCAAAAAGACCUCCUAAACCUAUAGAUUUCUAUGGAGAUUUUGCAUUCACAUUUGUUUAAGAUUUUGCUAUAUUAACUGCAUAAAUCUAUGGUAUUAACAUACCUUUAUAAUAUGAUUUGAAACUUCUUAUCCAAAAUGUAUAUAUUCCUAAAAUGACCAUAAAAUAGAAAAAAAUUAAAGAUAUUGUAGAAAAAUAAGAUAAAAAUAAUUAAUCCUAAUAAAUUGAAGAAGAAGUUAAAGAUUAUGAUCAACUUAUUAAAGAAGCUAAAUCAUUAUUAAGUAAAAUUAAACCAAAAUUACCACAACCUUAGUAAUUUGAAAAAGAUGAUGACCAAAAUCAUCAUGUAUCAUUUAUAACUGCUGCCACUAAUGGUAGAGCAAUCAAUUAUGGAAUCUAAUAAGUUGAUUGGAUGUGGACUAAAUUAAAAGCAGGAAGAGUAAUUAUUAUAUUCUAAUAUUUUAUAGAUUAUUCCAGCUAUGGCUACUACUACUUCAUGUAUAGCUGCCUUAUAGACUUUGGAAUUAAUUAAAAUACUAUAAACUACAACCUAAUACAGAAAUACUUUCUUAAAUCUAGCAAUUCCAUUUAUGAUGCAGAGUGAACCAGGUGAAGUUGAAAAAGUAAUUUCAUUUCAUUUAUUUCUAGUUCUAAUUAAAAAAUGGUUUGGAUAUUUCAAUCUGGACUAAAUUGAAACUAGAAAUUAAGAGAUUGACUGAACCAUUAUAAUACAUAGUCAAGAAAUUGGAAAAUAUGUUAGGAGAAGAAGUGAAUAGUCUUUAAUAAGGGGCAAAAGUAUUCUUUAUGAAAUAGAUGAUUCCAAAAGAUGAGGAAGAAAAGUACAAAUUUAUCAAUACUCCAAUAUAUAAAUGCAUUUAAGUAUUAUUUGAUAUUAGUUAUUUAGUUUAUUAAUAACGAAUCGUAAAUCAAUGUGCAAAUAAAUGGUAAUAAAUCAUUAGUAGUACAAAUUACUUUGAUUUGA